UUUCAAGAAAAUAUUAUCAUGGAGGAGUGUCCAUCCAAAGGGGAAGAUCGGAGCCAGGGAGGAGAAGGCGAUAAUAAUGAGGAUCGGAGGGAGCGAAGAAGGGACUCUAAACAACUGGCCAAGUCGGUUGAUGAAAAAAAGAAGAAAAGAAAGCGAAAGCGAUCGAGAAGCUCAUCUAGCUCAUCCAGUUCGUCGAGCGCUUCAACUUCGUCGAAUACUUCCAGUUAUUCGUCAGACUAUAAAUGCAAACCUAAAAGGAAGAGCAAGAAAAAACGGAGGAAGUCAGGAUCAAAGCAAGACCGUAAGUUAAUUAUGGAUUUAAUUAAAACUGUCACUUCUCUCCAAAAGCAAAUUAUUCCGAAAGAAACUUCCGUAUCCGGAAAUGAUGUUGCUACAAGGCCACGAUCACAAUCAAUAUGUGAUUGUGACGAUCAAAUUGAUCUGGAUGCAAGUGGCGAGCUUUUCGAAGAUGUUUCCGGUGGCAAUGAAGCGAAUACGCAUGAGUCUAAUCAAGAUAUUCCCGUCAUGGAACCGGAAUUAAAUUUAACUGUAGGAACUAAAAUUAAGGAACCCGCUAUUCCUCAUACACCAGAUGAAAUGCUUAAGCAGCUGUUCGAGUUACAACUUUUUGAUCAGGAGGACUGGAAUAAUGUUCGUUAUGCGGACGUUCAAAAAUCAUGUUUACAUAAUCCUGGUUUUACUUCUCUGGAGCCCAAUGAGGAGGUAAAGCGUUACGAUAAUUCAAAAUUUUCUGCCAAUAUGGAAAAAGCUUUUGCCGGUAUCACAUACGCACUUCUCAAACAACGUGACGUGUUACAAUCUGAAAUGCGAAAUUUUUUAAUUUGGGCUCAACUGUCAGAUUCGUUAAAUUAUACAGAAAUUUACACAAAGAUUAACGAAAUUUUUACUGAAGGCAUUUUUUGUAAGGCUUCCUGUGAUGUACUCCAAUUAGUAUGUGGCCAUCGGGCUGAACUCAUCCAACAUCGCCGCGAGGGCAUUUUAGCAAACGUCAAGGAUCCCUUUUAUAAAAAUGCCUUUCGUAAAAUCCCCCCUUCUUGCUCGACCUUGUUUAAUGCAGAAAAAUUUAGCUCUGUUAUAGAAAAAGCUGGUGGAGUGAACAAAGCUUUUUGGCCAAAAAUCAAGGAUCGCAAACCUGCCCUGCAGAACGAUCCGCAUUCUUCGCGGGGCCCACAAAAACCAUCAACAUCUAAAGGGUAUCCGAAGAAUAAUUUUCCUGCACCACAAAAGAAACCUGGUACUUUCAACAACUCUUCAAGGGGACGAAAUGGUAAGCGACUGGGAGAUCACUCCACUCGUAAAGGAAAUGAUGCAACCUCUCCCUCAUCCCGACGGGAUAGGAGAGAUCAGCCAAGGAAAAGGACCUGACUCGCCGAGUCAUCUUUUCCGUGCAGGGCAGCUUCAUGUUUACGUCGAUCAAUGGGAGUAUCUUGGGGCGCCGCCUCAUAUACUCAAAAUGGUUACGGGGUACCGCAUCCCAUUCAAACAGAAGCCUCCUUUGCACACUCCCAAUUUUCAACACCAAACAAACGUGUCCCCGGAAAUGUCAAAAAUUAUAAAGAAGCUGGUUCUAGAAGGUGUGCUAGAAGAAGCACGGGUAACACCCAGCUUCAUAUCCACAAUUUUCUUACGUCCAAAAAGCGACGGCACCUCAAGGCCAAUCUUCAAUCUGAAAAGGUUAAACAACUUUGUUCACGCCGGCAAGUUUCGGCUUGUAAAUGUCCAGCGCGUGCCAGAUUUUAUACAAGAAAACGACUGGAUGGCCAAAAUAGACUUGCGCCAGGCUUAUUUUCACCUACCGGUUGCACAAGCCCACAGACGUUUCCUUCGGCUGAUUUAUGCCAACAAAUUAUGGCAAAUAACCUGCCUGCCAUUCGGCCUGAGUUCCGCGCCGAAGGCGUUUGCGUGCCUGACCAACUGGAUAGCUCAGUGCCUACGAAAUCGCGGUGUGCGCAUUCUUGUAUAUCUCGACGACUUCUUCUUGGUAAAUCAGGACGCAGCCACUCUGCAGAAACACAUUGUCGUCACUAUAAGUCUGCUGCGGUCCCUAGGUUGGGAAAUAAACACAGAGAAGUCGGUGCUCACACCGCGGAAGGCUCUGGAGUUUCUAGGUUUGAUUUGGGACCCUUGGCAGAACUUGAAAUAUCUUCCAGACAGAUUAACGACAAAAAUAGAGAGUCUCUCUGCAAAUUUACUAGCCAAGAAAAAGACAACUUUGUUAGAUUUACAAAAGAUUAUUGGAAUGAUGAAUUUCGCAUGUUUCGUUGUCAAGAGGGGACGUCUCCAUUAUCGCGCGCUGCAAGCGCUGUCCAACAAAAUGUUAGCUUGUCCCCGUAUAAAAACUCUACCCUUACCAGCUCAAGUCAUAUUAGAGCUAAUAUGGUGGCAGCGCAAUUGUCGAACUCACUCGCAAUUACAUAUUCCCGCUCCCCGUCAUUACCUUACUACAGACGCGAGCGAUCUGGGUUGGGGAGCCAUAUUGGACAACCAAAAGCUGCAGGGAUGUUGGACUCAUUCUCAACAACGGUUGCACUGCAACCAGAAGGAAAUGUUAGCGAUCCUGAACGUUCUCAAUCUUCGUGGAAAGUCCCUAGCUUCCAAGGGUCUUUUAAUACAGUCCGACAACAGUUCAGUAAUAGCUUAUCUUCGCAACGAAGGCGGGACGAAAUCUGUAGCUUUGACAAACCUCACCAAAAAGGUGUAUCAAAUUUUGGACCUUUACAACAUUCGAAUAUCCGUGUAUCAUAUCCCGGGGAGCUACAACUGUUAUGCGGAUCGGCUGUCCCGUCGGCAGAUAACACCAGAGUGGCACUUACUACCACCUUUAACUCAGAUCGUGUUCAAAAAAAUGGGGCACGCCAACAGUCGACCUCUUCGCGUCACGAGACGCACACGUAGUGCAGACAUACUGCACACUAGACAGGACCGACAAACAAGCGACCUAUUACGAUGCUCUGGGUAUGGAAUGGAAUUUUCACCUGGCAUGGCUGUUUCCACCCCCGCAUCUCAUUCCCAGAGUCCUAGCUCAUCUGAACAAAGCAAUAGGGUCCUAUUUGAUAAUUGUGCCUCGCUGGGGGGGCGCUUAUUGGAGGCCAGACUUGAAAAGUCGUGCUCAGGACGCUCCGUUCACGAUCAAGAAUCUGUCACAAGUCCUGAUAGAUACAACAACGGGGCUCCCUCCACCGAAAGUGUCGGAGAUGAACCUCGAGAUAUGGAAAUGUGGGGGUGGAGCAAACAGUUGACAGGUUGGACUAAGGAUCAGAAGGAUUUAUUAUCGGCUAGCUGGCGUAGAUCUACCUUAAAAACAUACAAGCCAGCCUGGGCCAGAUGGUUAUCUUGGGCUCGAGCUCAAAAAAUCAGCAUAAACAAUCCUACAGCAUCUGAUUUAGCUAGGUUUCUCGCUGAUCUUCACCAGAAAGACGGUUUUUCCUUAAGUACAAUUCGGGUACAUAAAUCUGUUGUUGUCACUUUCUCUAAUCCCGAUAAUCAAGAAAAAUUAAAUUCCCACACCUUAGUGCGACAUGUUCUGAAAGCUAUCGCCUUGGCAAAACAAAGACCUCAGAAGCCACCUAUCUGGGAUACUAGCAUAAUGGAACAGUUUUUGAAUACCAAGGAUGCUAAUACUUCUAGCUUGUAUGAAGCCUCAAAGUGCACAGCAGCAAUACUUCUGCUUUGUUCGGGGAGACGGGUGCACGACUUAACGCUUUUAAAGAUCUCACCACAACAUUAUAUAACUGAGGAGGAUGGUAUUAUUUUUAAACCUGCUUUUGGUUCAAAGACCGACUCUAGUACUCAACAGCAAUCGUCUUGGAAAUUAAUUUCGAACAAAGACAAUGUACGUCUUUGUCCUGUUCACUGGGUUAAACACCUUAUCCAUCUCUCUCAGGAGAAAAGAGGAGUAGCUAACUCUGAUAGUCUAUUCAUUGCCCUUACUGGAAGACCUCGACCUGCAUCUAGAACAAUUAUAGCAGGAUGGGUGAAGAAACUUCUGCAAGAAGCUGGCAUUAAAGCUACCGCUGGAAGUUUUAGGUCGGCUGUGGCCUCGAAAAACUGGGUUGAGAAUUUCCCACUUGACGAUAUUUUGGUGCGCGGAAAUUGGAAAUCGGCUAAUACGUUCAAGAAAUUCUAUCGCAAAGAUAUCACAAACAGCAUGAUUAAUUCCAAUACAGUCUCAAAAUUAUUUGUACCAACUGAUGAUUGA